AUGGCUUUGUCAACCUGUGGCACUUCGCUCGUUUGCAAUGGCUCGUUGGCAUUCGGCGCAAUGACGGCUAGCCUCGAUCAUAUCUUAUGGUCUGACAUAAGCAGCGAGAGACUGCACUCGUGUGGUCCAUGCGACUCUUUUGGAUCGUUUGGCCUGGCCAUGCUAGCACAUUUUUCUCAGAUGGUAUCAGUGCACUCGCCUGCGUUUACCCCUAUUAAGAAGGUCAUGCGGGAGCGUACUAUCCCGGUAGCUCUUGGGGAACCGUGUCUUUUGUAUUCCAUAAUGGCAGUGGCAAGCACACACUGGGCUUGUGCUCUGCCCUCGGACCCAACGCAUACCCUAAUAGCCACUCGUUUUCGACACAAAGCCACCCGGGUAUAUCGAGAACAACUCCAGUUACCAAUCGACCGAGAUAACAUGGACACGCUAAUCACAAGCUGCAUAUUGAUUGCAAUGUUCUCCUUCUCAGCUGAGACGACAACCCCGCUGGACUCCUGGAUUUUCUCAGAUGAUCCGGCCAACAUGAAUUGGCUCUCCGUCCAAGGUGGUUUACGCUGUCUCCUUGAGAUCACCAAGCCAUGGAUGAAAGAGAGCAUCUGGAAUGAACCGUUUCAGGAAUCGAGCAACUAUGAAUACGCUGAUGAUCAUCGAAUGGGUCGUGAAGAUCUCGAUCCCGAUCUGGCCGAUCUGUGCGAUAUUACCGAGACCACGACGGAAGAGACAAACCCCUUCCAUUGGCCUCUUCGUAUGCUGUGCCCCUUGCUGCGCAUCCCACGGCAUAAAUGCGGAGCGUCUCGCAUAACGAACUUCAUGGGUCGGCUGCUACCGGAUUUCGUGCAUCUGCUUGCUGCGAAGGAGCCCCGUGCCCUGCUUAUCUUGUCAUACUGGCUCGCACUAAUGUGUAUUUCUGUCGAUGAGUGGUGGGUUGGUCCCCGCGUUACGCUUGAAUGUCAAGCUAUUUGUAUGUAUCUUGAAGCAUGCGGUGACAGGCGAAUUGUCGAGUUGCUUGAAUUUCCGGCAAGGGCUUGUGGAUACAAGUCAACCAGGUGA